CAUGCUAUCCCUUCCACCAUGCUCAUUACCUUACCGGAAUCGUGCAUCACUGGUGCAUCACAGCAGCGGUGGAUGCUAGGCGGCAAGUUUCGUGUGUGUUUUCAGUUAAUAUCAAUAAACCGUCACCACGUCUUUCCAAUUCGCAUCUUUUGGAAACAAUAUGGUACGAGGUCGUGGAGGGAUGAUCAGAGGUGGUCGAGGUGGUAUGGGGCGUGGAAUGGGCUUUCCACGAAAGCAGUUUCUACCACGACAUCCAUUUGAUUAUACAUUAUGCGAGGCAGCUUUCCCACGUGUUAAGCCUGCACCAGAUGAAUCAGAUUUCCAGUCGGCUCUUGUAAAGAAAAAUGCUGAUAUGUGUCCUACGCCAAAGGAACAAACUUCCAUCUUAAACCUUGUAACUAAGCUGCAAAGUGUUCUUGAUAAUCUGAUUGUUGCACCAGGAACCUUCGAAGCUUGCCAAUUGGAAGAAGUAAGACAAGUUGGCAGUUUUAAGAAAGGUACCAUGAUAAAGGGCCAUAACGUCGCCGACAUUGUUGUCAUUCUCAAAACUUUGCCGACGAAAACUGCGGUUGAGGCUCUCGGAAACAAAGUCAAUAACGAUCUGAAAACCGUGAACCCAAAGGAAAUGUUCAGACUUAUGCAGACGGAGCGUGGAUUCGAUAUUGCUAACAACGAAGCUACCGUGCGCGUAUUAAUAACCACAUUACACCAAAAUCUACGCAAGUUGGAAUCGGAACAACAUCUGGAUGUUAAAAUUUGUCAAGGACAUCUCGCUGCUAUUAGACAUUCUCGUUGGUUCGAAGAAAACGCUCAUCAUUCUAGCAUUAAGGUUUUAAUUCGAUUACUUCGUGAUCUUAGAAGUAAAUUUGAAGGUCUGGAGCCAUUAUCGCCGUGGAUGCUGGAUCUGUUGGCACAUAAUGCCAUAAUGAAUAAUCCUAGCAGACAAGCAUUACCGAUAAACCAGGCUUACAAGAGAGUGCUACAGUUGCUCGCUUCUGGACUGUUUCUUCCAGGUUCAGCAGGUAUUUCUGAUCCGUGCGAGGGUGGCAAUAUACGCGUGCAUACAGCAUUGACGCUCGAACAACAGGAUCUUGUAUGCCUCACUGCCCAGACACUGCUGCGUGUAUUGGCUCAUGGUGGUUACAGACCAUUGCUGGAAGGCUCCAAUAAACUCGCAGUAGAGAUGAGCGUGUGGGCAGGAGGCGUAGUGGCAAGCCCGUUAGAUAAAGCAUACGAGCCACCAACGGAGCAAGAGCAGCAGGAAGAUAUGGACGAGAGUAACGAGGAGAUGAUCACCGAGAGCGUUUAGGAUUUGCUAAAAUGGGAACGUUUUCUGAGUUCCUCUUUUUGUACGAAGCGCUCCUACUUUCUUGACGGCGUUUCUUAUAAAACGUAUUAUAUUUAUAUGUAUUGCACACACACAUUUUAAUGAUAAUUGAAUAAUUCCGUUGACGAUCUGUGAAAUUAUACUUUUUUAUAUGGUGUUGAUAUUCGCACCAUGGGCAAUCUGGCAAUGGAAGUAUGUCCACAGUAUGUGAGUCCGAAUUAAAAUAAAGUAUAGAUGUAGUGCA